GCCGCGUCAAGGUUGACAACCUAGAACUCUCAAACAACUCCUCAACUUCUUCAUCAUCUCCAUACCAAAACAACAGUUUUACGCUCUUUUUUAGUAAUUGUUCGUUUGACUUGAUACCCCAAAACUCAAUCAAUUAUCAUUUGCAAUAAUGUCGGACGGUCAGAUUCGCAAGCCUGACAAGGACUUCUCCAAAGAGGUGGACACACAGCUUCCAGAAGCUGAGCAACUUGCACAGGUAUAUCUCUUUUAUGGUUGGAAAAAAAAUGCCAAAUUCUCUAACUUAUUUUUACUCUAUUAGACAAAUGUGCAAGGCGCCAUUGAGAAGCUUACGGUAUUGGAGAAACAAACAAGACAGGUCAGACCCAAACACUUUAAACAUCAGCGCACGCCAUUAACAUUUCCAACAGGCAUCAGAUCUUGCAUCAACAUCUCGAAUCCUCGUCGGAAUUGUCACUAUCUGCAAAAAUGCUGGCGAUUGGAGUUUAUUGAAUGAACAAGUUCUGUUAUUAUCGAAGAAACAUGGCCAGCUCAAACAAGCUACGACAAAAAUGGUACAGGUGGUUAUGGAGUUUUUGGAUUCAACACCAAACCUCGAGACAAAGCUCACAGUCAUCGAGACAUUGCGAACGGUCACAGAGGGAAAGAUCUUUGUCGAGGUUGAGCGCGCCCGAGUUACUAAAAUCCUCUCCGAUAUCAAGAAGGAACAGGGCGAUCUCAAAUCUGCAACCGACAUCUUGUGCGAGUUGCAAGUCGAGACAUUUGGAUCUAUGGAGAGGAGGGAGAAAACAGAAUUUAUCCUGGCACAAGUCGCAUUAUGUAUAGAGAGCAACGACUGGACACAAGCUGGAAUCUUGAGUCGGAAGAUCAGUACCAAAUAUUUGGCAAGAAAGCCAAAGAAAACUCCAGAGCAAUUAGUGAAAGAGGCAGAGGAUAGGGAAAAGAGAAGAAAGAAGGGAGAGGAUGUUCCAGAGCCAAAAGAGGACGAUGUUACUGAUCUCAAGUUGAAAUAUUACGAGCACCAAAUCACUUUAGCAAAGCAUGAUGACAAAUAUCUUGAUGCCUGCAAGCAUUAUAGACAGGUUCUUGAUACGGAAGCUGUUGAAGAGGAUCCUCAAAAGCUUCAUUCAGUAAGUUUGAUACUUUCACUCCAGUCCAAGAAAAAGCUAACAUUUGCAGGUCUUGCAAAGAAUCAUCUACUAUGUCAUCUUAGCUCCUUAUGAUAACGAACAAUCCGAUCUCCUCCACCGCGUACACAAAGAUACUCGUAAUAGCCAAGUACCACUCGACUCCCAGCUCCUCAAGCUAUUCACAGUUCCAGAACUUAUGCGAUGGCCCGAAGUUUCAAAGAUAUUUGGACCACACCUUUGCGAGACUGAUGUUUUCGACGUUUCACAAGGACAAUCUGCCGACACCAAGGCACACAAACGUUGGGAAGAUUUACGCAAACGUGUUAUUGAACACAACGUUCGAGUGGUCGCCAAAUACUAUACACGAAUUCAAAUGCCCCGAUUGACUCAACUUCUUGAUUUGACCGAAGACGAGACGGAGAAAUAUAUUAGCGAGUUAGUUACUGCUAAGACUGUUUUCGCCAAGAUCGAUAGGCCUGCUCGUAUCGUCAACUUUGCUAAACCAAGAGAUGCGGAUGACGUUCUUAAUGAGUGGAGUGGAAAUAUGAAGAGCUUGUUAGGAUUAUUGGAGAGAAUUGACCAUUUGAUUACGAAGGAGGAAAUGAUGGCUAGGAUUCAACCAACCAAGUCAUCAAAGGGCUCAAAGGCUGGAAAAGUUAAGGCUUAAUGAUCUUUUCUAAUCUACCCUUAAUGAUACCUGCCGCUUUGUACAAUUACUCUAGAUUCUAAUGAAA